CGCCCAAAAAUCCCCUGUUCUGUUCCAACGCCGGAGGCCCAGCUCGUCUCCGAGGCGAAUUCGCGCAGCGGACGCCGCGAUUCCGAUCACCGCCGACGCCGCCGCGCUCGCCGGAGAGCCAUGUCUCGGUCCAUGAGCCUCAACAUGAGGUCGGCCUCGCGCCGCGACAAUCGAAAGGUUUGAGAAGAUGGUGGAAGGGGGAAGUUACUACGAGGCCCAACAAAUGUACAAAUCUACCAGUGCAAGAUACAUUACUUGUCAAAGGUAUUCGGAAGGCUUGGACAUCCUUCAGUCAGGAGCUACAAUCCAGUUGAAGCAUGGACAGAUAACUUGCGGUGCUGAACUCGCUGUGCUGUUCGUGGACACUCUUGUCAAAGGGCAAUGUCCUUAUAAUGAAGAAACUUUUGAUCGUGUCAGAAAGAUAUACGAGGCGUUCCCCAGGAUAAAUAUGCCCCAUUUCCUUGGAGAUGAUUAUGACGAUGAUGGGCAGAAAUUAUCCGAAGCUAUUUCUGCUGCAAAAGUGCGUUCUGAAGGUUGUUCAUCAUUUCUAAGAGCAGCUCUCAGGUGGUCUGCGGAGUUUGGGACAUCAAGAAACGGAUCUCCUGAUCUGCAUGUUAUGUUGGGUGAAUACAUUUAUUCCGAAUCUCCAGAAACGGACAUGACUAAAGUAUCAAGUCAUUUUGUGCGCGGUAACGAUCCUAAAAAAUUUGCUUCUAUGCUGGUAAACUUUAUGGGCAAGUGCUACCCUGGUGAAGAUGAUACUGCAAUUGCACGCAGUGUCCUAAUGUAUCUAUCACUAGGGAAUCUCAGAGACGCAAAUUUACUUAUGGAUGGGAUGAAGGAGCAGCUAAAAUCUGCUGACAUGGAACUUCCAAAAACAGCUUUAAUUGAGUUUAUCAAGUAUCUUCUUCAAACGCUUGAAAGAGAUGCUUACCCUCUUUUUAGGACACUUCGACAAAAGUACAGCGCAAGUACAGAUCGAGACUCUGUAUUUGAGGAGUUAUUGGAUGAAAUAGCUGCAAAAUUUUAUGGCGUACGGCAACAGAAUCCUCUGGAAGGACUUUUCGGUGAAAUGUUCAAGGUGUAAUUGACUUGAAACGAACUUUAUCAUCAUGUCCUUGCCUUCAAUGCAAUGAUUGGUUUUCAGCUAAAAAAAGGCAUCCAUUGGCCAAAAUAAUACAUUUGUGGGAGAUCAAGUGGGUCACCCAGGAAAAACGCACAGGAAGUGCUUUGUUGGAGCUUCCUCAGUCAUAGUCAACGGAGUUAGUAUAUUUAACAUCAAACUACAUGAAGAUGGGCCGCUGAUCUGUUGUAAAAUCGUUCUAUUGGUUUUGAUGUUUUUCUUUUCUUCUCCUAAAGGUUUUGAUGUUUUCCAGCAGUGUAACAGAAUUUCCCUUCGCAGAUUAUUGUAAGAUGAUACGGCAUUUUGUUAUCCUUUUUUCCCCAUUCUGUGCUAAAUUUGUUUUGACGGUUUAAGCAAAGAUAUCAGGUGCUAUAAUUCCACUUUUCGGGAAC